AUGCCGCUGGCAAUGGACUGGUCGCGGUGGACCACUUGUCCUUACUAUGCCGUCGUGAUCUUGAUCAUCGCCUGUGGGAGCAUUCCCAAAGGUUACGAUGAGGGCGGGUUCAGCGCCAGUGUCAAUCUAGAAUCGUUCAAGGAUGACUACCGCCUCCAAAGCUCGGAAUGGUUAGGCCAGGAGACGGCGUUGGCCAACCGGAAGGCCAACAUCACAUCAUUUAAUGUUCUUGGGGCCGCUUUUGGUGCCUUGUUUGCGCUAGAUCUGAACGAUCGCCUGGGCCGGCUGCGCUCAUGGCGUCUAGCGUGUCUCGUUUGGGCAUCGGGGCUGUUUGUGCAGGUCUUCUCGUCCGGUAAAUAUGGCUUGCUUCUGGCUGCAAGAAUUUGGAGCGGACUUGGGGCUGGAGCGUUGACAGUGGUCACCCCUCUGUAUUUGUCUGAAAUCGCGCCGACAAGGACCAGAGGGUUGGUUGUCAGUGUGUAUAUGGUGAUACUGCUAGCCAUAUUGGCAUUAGGUUCGUUACCCCCAUCUAUUUCUGGCAUGGUCAAAGCUGACUUGAAAGGCUUCUUCAUCAACUAUGGCGCUAGUCUGCAUAUGGCGCCAACGCGCACUCAGUAUCGCCUCGUGCAAUCCAUACCUCUAAUUCCAGUCGGCAUCGCACUCGUCGCCUCUUCCAUCGCGCCCGAAACGCCUCGCUAUUUAGUCUCGAAACAGCGGUACGACGAAGGACGGUCAGUGCUAGCCCGUCUGCGCGGCAAGGAUAUCACAGACCGUGAUGUUCAAGACGAGUUCACCGCCAUCAAUGCGCAGAUCCGCGCGAAGGCGUCCGACCUGGCCUCUGUCUCGCACUGGCAAGCCUUUAAAGAAACGCAGUUGAACCCCAACUACCGCCAACGUUUCUGGCUGCUCAUGGUGAUGCAGACCAUUUCGCAGUGGACUGGCGGCAACGGGAUCACGUACUACGUCGCCACGAUCUUCCAGUACGCUGGUGUUACCGGCAACGCGCAAGCGCUCGUCUCCUCCGGCGCCUACGGGAUCGUCAAGCUUGUCUUCACCAUGGCCUUCACUUGGGGCCUGAUCGACUUCUUCGGCCGUCGGCGGUGCGCGCUCGCAGGGCUCUCCCUUCAGCUCGCCGCACACAUUUACAUGGGGGCAUACAUGGGCCUGCAGCCGGGGUCCAGGGGCAACCGGUCCGCGUCGGACGCGGCCAUCGCCUCCGUCUUCGUCUACGCCGUCGGCUGGUCCAUCGGCCUGUGCACGAUCCCCUACCUCUACGGCACGGAGAUCUUCCCCACGCGCAUCCGCAACGUCAGCUACGCGCUCAGCAUGUCGCUGCACUGGUUCUUCCAGUUCGCCAUCGUCCGCGUCACCCCCAACAUGUUCGUAUCGCUUGACGUCUGGGGCGCGUACCUCUUCUGGGCCAUCGUCUGCUUCGCCGGCCUCGUCAUCCUGGGCAUCUGGAUGCCCGAGACCAAGGGCGUGCCGAUCGAGAACAUGGGCGACCUCUUCGAGGGGCCAUGGUAUCUGCGCUGGCGCGCGAAGCCGAAACCCAGGUUGGAGCCGGAGCCGGAGCCGGAGCCGACGAUGCGCGUUGCGUCUCCGUGCAGUGUGGUAGAAAUGGACGCGGGGGGCGUCUAUCCUCUGAAGAAGCAACCGGAGUGUAGGAAUGUGGGAUUGUUGUAG